AUGGAUCGAGGUACAUCUCUGAAUCUUGAGGUACAGAUCAAGCAAUGUAUCAACGAAGAAUUCCCUCUACAUUACAAAAGCCUGCCGAAAAUCCCCUACGCGAUCCCCACUUUCGAUUCUACCUCAGACUUGGAGUCCCGCCUGAGCCUCGACACCGAUGUGCUCACCUUCGCCAUGAGCAAGGGCCUGGCACAGAAGGCAUCAAUCAACGUCAUCACGGAACCUGCUGCACAAGCCAAAGUGGAAAAACGCCCCAAACUCGGCCGGAGCAACACCGUUUCCGAACGGACCCGCAUGAAAUCGUCGUCGCCAUCGACUGAUGACCAGUUAUUGCAGGACGAGGAAGGCUCCGUGCCAAAGGCACCCCAGGAGCGAAUCCGUUCCAUGAGCCUCAUCUCUGCGUCUUCCCCAGCAGGCCAGAGGAUGUCCUGGGCCGCCGGCUCGCCCAUUGAGUCUCCUAGCUCUUCGCCGGAACCGGCGGACGAGCUAACCAUGACCCCGACUCUGACCCGGGACAAGGGUUCUCGCAAAGGCUAUUCUAGAUUCCCGAAGCCUUCAAGUAAAGACUCUGAAGAGGGACGCGGAAACGAGACUGCCCGAACGACGGCACGAGCCUUCAACCGAGCCAGCAUCUUCUUCACGGGAAAAAUGAAGCCACGGCCCGCACCUGUUCUUGGAAAGUUAUCGACAGCCUUGGACUCUGAUGAUAGUUGCGCCUCUUCCUCAAGUAGUAUUGCGGCGGCUACGAGAAACACCGACACGCCUACCUCGCAGUCAACCUCCGUUUCCGAUUUGAACUCGACGACAGAUGCAUCCUCGCUGGAAAACUCGGUCACCUUCGAACGGGACCCUCUCGUUUCUGUUUUCAAGAACCUGGAUCAGGAAGCCGCCAAAUUUGAAGCCAACGCAGCCCCCAUGUUCGAACGCAUGUAUGCGAUGAAAUCCGCGCUCCUCGUCUUCCUCCAUCAGUAUACAAACCAUGGCACCAUCAAGCAAUUACACACCGAAGACGUUGAGCGCCGUGCUGUCGUCCUCAACAGGUGGUGGAUCGCGCUUCUUGACCUUUUAGAGAGCUUGGGCCCUCACCCAACGCCCGGCGUUGACCGAGUCUCCCUGCUUGAGGCCCUGACACUGAUCAUGAUGCGACCCGAGUGGCGCCACUCGACAUCCGUUUUCCUGCCAUUGGGUGAUCGCUCACCUAGUGAGCGUGUAAGAGCGAGGUCCUCUACCCAAUCGUCGAAUUCUUCCGAUGUUUCGGCGGAAGCGGCUCUCUUGACGGAGUCGGCAGAGCACAACGUCCGAUCCAUGUUCGUGGCGAAUCUGGUUCACCAGAUGGACAUGGUUGUCCGAAAGAUGUCGCAGCGGCCCGCUCCAAUUGGCCUUGUCAACUUUUGCGGAAAGGCCUGCGCAUACGCCUUCUUUUUGCUCCAGGUACACGCGGCGAUCCAGGCUCUAGCCAUGACACCUCCCAUCUCCGAUGGCGUCCACGGCGUGGACGCCUCUGCAACUGCACUCCCCGGCCUCCCCGCCGACCUUUUCAAGAGCAUGUCGGAAAAUCGGCUCAUCGUCCUCCUCAAAGACAUUCUGUUCGAUACGAGCCCUGCGAUGGCGGGCCCGAGGCACACGUUUGCUGAGGCCUUCAUGGCCGAUAUGAAGGCAUCGGCGAAGAUGACGGCACAGUUUAACUAUAACGCUUGCCAUACGCUCUGCGAUUUUCUGGAAGAGGCGCUGCCCAUCUAUGACAGUGCCGAAGAGAAAGGCACAACCCUAUCCCAGUAUACCGAUUGGCCGUUUUGGCAGCGAGUUUGCAAGCUGAUCCUGGAGUCCCUCAACACCAUGUCGGAGAUGAAGGUGCUGUGCCUCAUCUAUACUAUCUGGGAUGCCGCGACGCGAACUCCCGAACGCAAGGAGGCACUCUGCGUCGAUUGGCUCCUCAGCGACGCUACCUUUUUCCGGCUGUUCAACCAUUGGUGCCCUAUGGUGAGAUCGUACUUCAUGAGGCUUCUCUGCUGGAGAGUCUGCCGAGACGAUGGCAGGGCAAGUGCGCUCGACAGGAAAAUUUUUGGGCUUGUCUCAGCUCGUCUCAGGAGCGUUUGGGCGACAUAUCUUUAUGUCAAACAGGAUGCCGAGCUCAAGGGGCGAUACCCGCCCUCAACGGCGCCCUGCUACCCAACUCCGGGCAAGAAGUUCAUGAUUAUCCGGAGCGAAGCCAACGCGAUAGCCACCAACUCUUUCGCCGGCUUUGACGCUACAGGCAAGCUGCCAAUUUCGGAUUUCCCUAUCAGCAACCUCGGCGCCGACGACGUUCUACAGUCCAAGCCAGAUGGAAAGAAGAGGUGGUCGCUCCUUGGGCUCAACAAGGUGCUCUCAUUCAAGAGUGAUUCCAAGUCGCCCUCGGAUGAGGAGGGGCCGGCGGUCACUGCCCUAGGUGAAAAAGUAGGAAGUGCUCCGCCGCCGCCGCCCAAGGGAGGUAAUAGUAGCGCAUCGUCUACCGGUAGCCGUACCCCGGACCCCCUUUCUCGCAGCGCUUCUCCCGAUCUCAAGUCCAGCGCCCAGUACGUCUUCAGAUUCGUUCUCAACUGGUACCCGCCCGCCGCUGUUCCGACUGUGAAUAGGGUCUUGGCCCGCCCUCGAAUCCCAUCACCCGCCCAGUCAUGGGAAUGCGACCCCACUGGAUGCUCGGGAGCGCAGCAAGAAUCGCGCACCCUCUCAUCUACCCUAGCGAGGAGUGGAAGCGGAGUGUCCCUGCCUUCGCUACGCCUAGACUUGGGUGAUGAUGAUGAGGGUCUCGGCCUUGACCUGGGUCUGGAUCGACCGGACAAGAGCGUGCCAGAAACCGUGCCAGAAAUUGCUUCUCCAGGCGGCGAGCCGGCUACCGAGCCCGUCAAGCCGACGGGCACUCAAGCUAGCACUGCGGCGUAUUCGGGGCGUGCUUUAGCGGAGUGGGGCAUCGUCGUAUUCGAGUGCAACAACUUUGUCGAGAGGCGGCGCGAGGAGGGCGUUCUGGGUCUCGCCGAAGUCGAAGUGCCUACACUCGCUCUUGAAGGAUACCGCCGUAUCGGUUGA